AUGUACAUCCAUGAGCGCAUAUUGCUUUCCAAUGAAUUAAAACGGGGCCAGACGCUCUUGAACUUCAAGCCUGUCGCCCCAAGAUCGAGCAAUACCGGGCAAGCCAUGGGUGAACUGGCUCACUGUGUCCAAGAGCAGCGAUCUCAAUUGGAACAGAGAAUGGCUACCUGCGAAAUUGAAUCCACUGAGCUCCAGCAGCUUCCGUUUUACCCUUCCCUGUCUAUUCCUGAUACUUCCACUUCUCACGAUUCCACUACUCACGAUUCCACUACUCACGAUUCAACUUCUCCUUAUAUACGAGUAUUCCUUAGGCUUAAGCCCCCUUCAACACUCGUCCUCCCCAGUCUCUAUCUUGCGCUCAUCGAAUGA